AUGUCGCCUUCUCCAAUUCGAUGCCGUGGUCCGUGGAAAAUUCAUAAACGUCUGUCCGAGCCAGACCGCUGGCUGGAUGAGAUGGGGUUUUUCCGAAAACAUACAGCUCGGGAUUCGAGCUGCCUCUUUAGGGCUGUAUCUGAAAAUGUAUUCAACACGCAGCGUUAUUUUCAUAAGGUGCGCCUGGACUGCGUUCAGUUCAUGGCCUCCAAGCGACACCUUUUCGAAGGGUCAUUAAGUUGUCCAUUCGAAAAUUAUCUCAAAGAGAUGUCUAAUCCAUCUGAGUAUGGAGGGCUGAUUGAAAUAUCGGCUAUGAGCCACUGUUAUAGACGUGACUUUGUGAUAUUCGAAGCUAACAAGGGUCCGCAAACUAAAAUAUGCAAUGGUUACGGAGACACUAUUUACCUGUUUUACUCGCCUGAUACUAAGCACUUUGAUGCAGUCUAUACAAAGGAAUUCAUAAAUGCAUCAUCGUUUUGUCAGUCGUUGGUAUACGAAACACUGUAUGACGGUGUUUAUCAGCUAAAGGAUUUGCCGCAUGCUGUGGAUAAAAUGUUACACGAUAAAAUACAGACGAACCACAGUGAGUAUUUCAUGUUAGAGAAUGUUGAACGUCGGAAGAAGCAGAAAGAAACGGCUAAGAUAUUCAUCGAACCGCCCAGUGAGGACGACAAAGAUAAAAAUAAUAAUACUUUAGCUUUGAAAUGCAAGCAUCAUACCGAAGAUUUAGAACGGGCUAGUCUUUUAAGAGAAUCCUUAAGCAUAUUUGUGUUAAACCGCAGUCUGGUACAACUAGAAAACGUCUGUAUGAACUGUCUGAACGUCAACAGCGCUAAGGAUUUACUCGAGAAUGGUAUAACGCCGUUUCCGUACAAAGUUGCAAAGGCCUUGGAUCCGGAUAUAUACCGUAACAUCGAGUUUGAUGUAUGGAGUGAACUACGUCGAGAGUUGCGUUAUGGGGCGAGGUAUUGUGAUGGUACUACGUUGCAAGUAGGAGUCAAGUGUCUUUGUAAACUACAGUCCGAUCAAUCUGUGGCGUAUCACUGUCAUAUCCAGGAAAUGCGUCCAGACGGUCCUUGCCUGGUCUUCAUUGAGGAGUUGGGGGAGAAGAGGGUGGUUAAUUAUGAACAAUUGGAACCAUUGCCAGUCGAUGAGAUCAAACCCUGGGCACCUCCGUACAGAUACUCUCGUGCCAAUUCACAGAUUGUGAAUAUAAGUCAAGUGUUGCAGCAAAUAGGCAAUAUAUCACGCAAGCAAGGAUUGAAGACCCGUAACAAGUCGAAGGGCGAUGAUCGAAAGUCGGACAAUGUAAAGCAAUCGGAAGAAAAAUGCCAACCCUAUGAACAAACUUUCGCCUACCCUCAUUUGGACUAUAUGAACUUUGAACCGAUGCCCGUUGAAGUAAGCGCACUGCCCCUAAUGGUUGACUGCCGGCCGGCGGGCGCGGCGUCGAACGACAUCCCGCACAGCGACGCGCCCCAAGCACUUUCUGAGACUUCCAGUCCAGAUAUGGCGGCAGCCCGUCCCACCGCCCCGACAACAACGCCAGGCACUAAUAAUGUUAAUGCGUUUCCCCCGAAUUACAAUGGGGUCGCGGGCUACUACCCGUCGUAUCCGUACGGUAUGAAGCCUGUAGUGUGGUACAGCCCCCCAGUGGGCGCCCCACAGGGGGCCUACCUGGGGACCCCACACACGCCCCCCAUGCCGGCACCGCCCAUCAACACUCACGUCAACAAGAGCGUUCAGCUCAAUGGGGAAGAUCUGCCUAGGAACGAUGUCGCUACUCUGCGAUUCUUUUUUAACUUGGGCGUGGACUGCCUCUGGGCGGCGUACGGGCCGCCCCCGCCCCCGCCGCCGCACGCGCGCCACUACACGCCGCGCGAUCUGACGCAGGAUAUGCAGCAGAUAUCUCUGCAAGAUCGGGACAACAAGAAACAUGAAAAGUCCCAACUAGUCCAACCGAAAACCACCCAACGCCCGCUAUUGGGCCCGCGUUUUAAACGCGGAGGCAAUGGUAACCACGACGGUCACCAGAACGGCCAGACUUAUAACCAAAAGGGGGGUUACAAUAACGGCGCCCAUAACUCCCAUAAGGGAGGGAAUAAUAACCGCGCCGCCCGGCGGCCGGCCGAGCCCCGCGCGCCGCGCCCCGACGAGCCGCCCGAGCCGCCCGCGCCCUACGCCUACGUGGCCUACCCGCCGCCGCUCUACCCCGUGCCCUUCUACCCCGCCGACUCCGACCCCGCCAUGAUGGGUAUGAUGGGCGGUGUGCCCUACGUAUGCCAAUACGAGGAAGGCGUUGAGUACGCGCCCGUACAACACUACUACUCGCCGCCCUACCCCCAUCCCGAGCAGAAGUAAAUGUGGGUAUACCACCCCGCCACACUUACACGAAGCCAUGUACUGGGGACUACCACCAUACCACCAUACCACCAGGACGGCAACCACGCGUUGCGACCAUCAAACGCACCAUGAUUCAAGAAAGUAGACCACUAAAUAUGUUGAUAGCUACUGUAAAUUCGAAUUAUGCUGCUUCCGAAGGAACAUUACCGUCGUGUGUCUACUUUUAUACCAUCGUGAGAUACUUAUUUCAGUGUACCAAAAGUAUACUGUCAGGUUGUAUCGGAUCUACAUUUAGGUCCGACUUAUCUAGGUGCUGAGAUUUGAGCACUACAAUGAUACUACAGCCAUGUCGAGGAAGUUAUACUUCCGUAUCGACACUAUUUGUUGUUUUCAUUUCUAAAUUUUUCAGUUACAGUAUUAAAUAUCCAUCACUUUA